AUGCUGAGACAAAUAAAACCACGCAACGCCCGCUCCAAGCGCGCGCUCGAGAAAAAGGCCCCCAAGGCCAUCGAGAACCCAAAGACGUGCCUCUUCCUGCGCGGCACCUCGUGCUCGCAGAUUGUGCAGGAUGCCAUCACCGACCUGUACCAGCUGCGCGUCCCCCUCGCCAAGAAGUUCACCAAGAAGAACGCCAUCCACCCGUUCGAGGACCCUUCGUCGCUCGAGUUCUUCUCGGAAAAGAAUGACGCCUCGCUCAUGGUCUUUGGCAGCAGCUCCAAGAAGCGCCCGCACACCCUGACCAUGGUCCGCCUGUUUGGCCACAAGACGCUCGACAUGCUCGAGCUGCACCUCGACCCCGAGAGCCACCGCAAGAUUGACCAGUUCAAGGGCCGCAAGUUCGCCGUCGGUCUGCGCCCCAUGAUUCACUUUGCCGGUACCGCCUUUGACAGCCCCGUCACCAACGAGUACACCCUGGCCAAGAGCUUCUUCCUCGACUUUUUCAAGGGCGAAGGGUCCGACAAGAUUGACGUCGAGGGUCUGCAGUACAUGGUGUCCAUCUCGGCCGAGGAGCCCGUCGGCGAGAACGACAAGCCCGUCAUCCACCUCAGAGUCUACCUCAUCUCGACCAAGCGCAGCGGCCAAAAGAUGCCCCGAGUCGAGGUCGAGGAGAUGGGCCCCCGUAUGGAUUUCAGAGUGGGCAGAGUGCAGGAAGCCGAGGAGGCCAUGUGGAAGGAGGCCAUGAAGAAGGCCAAGACCAACGAGGAGAGGACCAAGAAGAACGUGUCGACCGACUCCAUGGGUGACAAGCUCGGCAGAAUACACUUGGGCAGACAAGAUCUCGGCGAGCUGCAGACAAGAAAGAUGAAGGGUCUCAAGAGAUCCAGGGAUAUGGAAGACGAGCAAGCUGGUGGAGACGAUGAUGAUGAGGCGCCCAAGAGCAAGAAAUAA